GAAGGAUACAUCUAUGUAGGCAGGAUGAGAUGACAAGAAGACGAGGCAACAGAAGAGAUAAUCUAACAGACUAACUAACGACUGUGAAAGAAAACUAAGAGAAAAAGUUCCAUCUGUCCACCAUGACGUCAUCAGAGGUCAGCAUGCAAGAAAUGAGCGAGGUUGUGAUUGUUACCAUACCGGGGUCGGUAGGCGAGGACCUCCCCUCAGUGGUGGAGGAGGACAAGGCCGUGCUGGUUACAGCAGAGUUGACCCCUCAGCCAGGGGAAGAUGUCCUCACAGUAGCUCCGGUAGAAGCAGAGGCUGAGACCAGCACAACGGAUUCCCUCUCAAGGGAAGAGGCAGUCAUUGUGAAGUUAACUGAGGAGGUGGAUGUAGAAGCGGAUGUCUUCUACCCAAUCACCUGUGGAGAUGCCAAAGCCACACUGGUCUGGAAGAAGUUUGUCUGUCCUGGGAUCAAUGUUAAAUGUGUCCAGUUCAACGAGCAGCUCAUCAGCCCGAAGGAGUUUGUGUGUUUAGCAGGGAAAUCCACUCUGAAGGACUGGAAGAGAGCCAUCCGCCUCAACGGCACCAUGCUCAGGAAGAUCAUGGACUCAGGUGAGCUGGACUUCUACCAGCACUCAAAGGUCUGCUCCAACACCUGCCGCAGCACCAAGAUAGACCUGGUGGGGACCAAAGUGUCCAUUAGCAGUGAUCAGCCUGCUGAACUGGUUCCUUCCACUCCAUCAUCAGCUAACUUGAACGGAGCAGCAGCCUCAUUUCCUGAAGUGCCAGAAGAAACCUCAGAGUGGGUCACAGCCAUUGGAGAGGACUCAGUUGCAUUCUGGCGUGGGGUGAAGGAAACAGGGCUGCUGGAGGAAGUGGUGGAGGACUUCCAGAGGGAGCUGCAGGAGGUGUUGAAGGGGUUGCAGGAGAGAGUAUGUGACCCACCGCUACAGGUCAAAGAUGCUGUUUUGCUCAAUAACAUUGUGCAAAACUUUGGGAUGUUGGACCUGGUGAAGAAGGUUCUGGCCAGUCAUAAGAGCCAGAUGGACCGUUACAGAGAGCAGUACACUCGCAGCCUCGCCGCUCUGGAGCAGCAGUGUGAUGAGCACAGGAAGCGAGCCAAGGAGCUCAAGAGCAAAUCCCAGCACCUAAACAAUGUCCUGAUGACCCUCACCCCAGUGCCCACUUCCCCUGCACCCAAACGCCCCCGGCUGACCCGUGCCAUCUCUGGCCCCGCCUCGGUCAACACAACCCCCGCACAGAUCACGCUGCCUCUCAACCAGCUGACUGCGCUGCCGAUGGGCAAGGUGCUGACCAUGGCAGGACCGCAGGCUGGCACCAACCUCGGUGGGUACACCCUGCUGACCUCUUCGCUCUCCGGGACAGAGUUGACAGCUGACGCUUCUAACCUGACCGUGCUGUCCACAGCGGCGGGUCAGGAGGGCGCACCUGGGGUCAGUGGCUCCUCCACGGCCUUCGUUAAGGUGGUCGGCCCUCAGUUUCAGCUGGUGACACUGCCAGCCGCACUGCAGAGCCUGGCCACCACACAAAACACUACCAUCUCACAGGCAGUCGGUAGCAUCAGUGUAGUGGACACCACGGCAACCAUUGCCGAGGAUUUGCUAGAGGAAGGCCAAGCUGACGGUGAUGAGAAAGGUCAGCCAGAAGAGGUUAAAGAUGAAGACGGGGAGCAGCAGUUAGUCUAGAAACAGCUGUUUUCUCCAGAGUCCAACAUGUUGUAUCAGGGUUUGUUUGGUUCCUUGUCUGAAUGUGUGUUUCAUGUGAUGCAUUACGUUACUUUUGUUAUUCAGCGCCACAAGCCUUCCUUGUAGAUAGAUAGACUUUUAAGAUAUGCAAAUGGCCUUUGGUGUCAGUAUUGUGUAUUUCAGUCAUGAUUUUACUGUAAAUAUAAUGUAUGUAUUUGUAUGUAAUAUAUCUGAUACAGCUGUCUCUGUAUGGAUGUAUUCCAUUUAGUCUGUAAAAAAGAAAAAGUAUUGUACAGUUUGGUAAUAAAUGA